AUGCAUUCCGAUGAUUUGCAUGAGAAGUUGCAGAAUAUCGAAUGUGAGGAAGACUUGCCGAAUGCAGUUAUCGUUACCAAUGUACCAGUUGAGGUAUUUUCGGUCGACCAACAGAAGGCUAAUUUCUCGGACUUGUUCACUCAAAUCGAAUCCGGUUGUCACUUCAAUUUUCUGCGAAGUUUUCGACGAGUUCGAAUUACUUUCGAAAAACCAGAAAGUGCGACUGCUGCAAAACUACUCACGCAACAUUUAUCGUUCAACGGAACUAUUUUAAAAUCGUUUUUCGCUCAGAGAAUUCGAUUGCGGGAUGCAUCUGAUGACGGGUUAUUAAAAUUACCACCGCUGGAGAAACAAUUCUUAAUCUCACCACCAGCUUCACCACCAGUUGGUUGGGAACAAAGUCACGAAAUGGCCCCGGUUGUAUGCAAUUUUGACUUAAUGGCAAAACUUGCUGCACUUACUGUCAAUGAUACCUUCGAGGUAUAUGAAGGUGACGAAGAUAAACCAAAAAUUGUAAUACAUCCAGCAAACGAGGAAGGGAAUGUUAUGCCCGCCCAGUCACUGAUGCCUAAGACCCCACGACCACCUAACACACCUCGAUCUGUACGGGAAAAACAUACCUGA